AUGGACAGAAGAGGGGGGUUGCAGUUGAGCGCGCUGACCUUCUUUCUGCCGCCCAGCACCGAUGGGGCGGUCAGCCCCAGGGAGGCGAUGGCGGAGGGCCGCCUGCUUCUCCUGGCCGCGAUAUUGCUCUACUUCUUCGGGCUCAACUGGGUGUGGAUCGUGCUGGCCCACCCGCUGGGCCGCAUGAACGACCUGCCCAUCGUCGUGACCAACGCCCUCGUCUCGGGCAGUCUGUUGCUCAUGCUACGGCGGGGCUUCUCCGCCACCACCAUCAUCACGCUCUGGGCCGCCUUCGUGCUAUCCACCGCCUGCUGGGCCUGCGUGUGCCGACCCAUCCUAGGUCUCGAUAAAUGGUUGCUGAUCAUCCCCAUGCAAGUGUUCUUCGUGCUGGGGAGCCGCGCCGGCUCGCUGGCUCUGUCGGCAACCAUAGCGCUGCACGUGCUGCUGCACGCCAACCUGAAGUAUAUGAUGGAGCUCAUGUCCUGCGAGCCUUUCGUCAACGACCUCUUCUUCGAAGCCGAGGGGCGGCUGUGGGCCAAUCUAUGUUUCGCCACCUACGUGGGCCUCUCCUGUGUUGGCUACGAGUGCGCUCGCACGCACGCCGAAGAUGCCCUGCUGGAGGCACUCCAUGAAAAGGACUGCAUCAACUCUAGGCUCCGAGAGGCGGACAAGGCCAAGGAGCGCUUCCUCGCCAACACGAGUCACGGUAAACUCCGCGAGGACACCCGGAUCACCAGCAACGCAAAGCUGAGCGAUGCCCUCGGCAUCAUCUCCGACUGCGCGGACCACCUGUACUCGCUCAUCACCGACAUUCUCGACUUUGAGAUGCUCAUGCGCGAUCAGCCCGCGCUCAACGUCUCCAGCCUCUCCCUCACCGACGAAGUACUGCAGGUAUACAACGUGCUGGCGCCGCAAGCCAAGGAAAAGAAUAUUGCAUUCGAGAAGGAGAUCGACGUGAAGUAUAACGCACGAAUAGGCGACGCCCGCCGUCUGCGCCAAGUCCUCUAUAACCUCGCGGCCAACGCCCUCAAAUUUACGCCCGAAGGCGGCACCGUGCGCAUAUCCGUGCACGACUCUGCCCAAGAGGGCAAAAACAGCGAAGGCAGCGGCAUCGGCGACAAGACCGACAACAACGAUGACGACGACCUUGUUGUCCUGCAAGUGUCCGACACGGGCAUUGGCAUCGCUGACUCGCUGAUGCCGAGCCUGUUCACGGGAUUCUCGCAGGGCGACGCCUCGCUACGGCGCAAGUACGGUGGGAACGGCCUGGGCCUGGCCAUCAGCAAACGACUCGUGGCGGCCAUGCACGGCGACAUCGAAUGCUCGAGCAGACUGGGCUGCGGCUCCACGUUCACUGCGUUCGUGCGACUCCCCCGUGAUGAUGACCAGCCCAAAAAGCCCGCAGCGUUGAACCUUCGGGCGGCGCUGGUCGAGUGGCCGCGCGAGGGCACGGCAGCGCUGGCCAGCCCACGGUCAGCACCACACGCGGCCACCUCGAGCCAGCCCGAAGAGCACGAAAGCGAAGCCAAAAAGAAUGAAGCGAAGGAGCUGGGAGAACAGCAAAGUCAAGAAGGGCCGAGAGACCGGCUCGAGGGCAGGCGGAUACUGCUGGCGGAGGACAACAUCGUCAACCAAAAGGUGGGCGUGCGCAUGCUGCGCGCCCUCGGGUGCCAGCCGGUGGUGGCUGUAAACGGGGCCGAAGCGCUGAGCGCUAUGAAGCGACACUACGACUGCCUCGGCGCCGCAGACCCCGAAGAUCGCAUCGACCUCGUGCUCAUGGACUGCCAAAUGCCCAUCAUGGACGGCUUUACUGCCACGGAAGAGAUCCGCAAACUGGAGGAGCACACUCGCAGCGAGAAGCCAGCGGAGGCGGAUGCAUGGUCUUCCAGUUGCGGAGGAGAUCCGCCUCCGCUGGCUCUCACCGCCGGUGGAUCGCCGCGGGCUGACGAUGUCAUAAGGCUCACUGCAAUCCUUCUCCGCCACCGCGAUAUGGAGGCCGUGCUGCGGGUGGGGCGGUGGAUCGCCGAUGGUCGGCACUGCCACGCGCAGGAGGAACGCCGGCGCACCCUCUUCGCCGUCCUUCUCAUUCACUUCUUCUUUCUCGGCAUCUUCUGGUUGAUCACGGAGGCCCUCUUCGGCGCGGACGUGGAGGAUGAGGAAGAGAGCAGCGAACAAGUCCACCUCCUGCAUCCGUAUCAGCUGCAGUACCACUCGCUUCAGGUGGCGAACUACCACCUCAGCAAUCUUCUACACAUGCAUCAUCUGCGCCAUUUCUCCAUGCUGGUGCUCAACUCGCUCGUUGCCGCGAUCCUGCUCAUCAUGCUGGCCAAGCAAGCACCGCUGCACCGGGUCAUGGGCCUCUGGGUGUUCUUUGGGCUGGGCGCGACGCCCGGCACGCUGUCGCUCGGCUGCUCGUUCGUCCUCCAGAUGCUCCUCUUCUAUGCCCGCCAGUUCAUCCCCAUGCCCCCGAUCGUCGUCGACGCACCUGCGAAUUUUGUGGUCAAUCUGGCAUUCAUCACGUGCGUGGGCCUGUCGUGCGCGGGCUACGAGUACGUGCGCGCCUAUGCACUCGACCGGAUGGAGACCGCGCUCGACGAGGCCAGGCGCGCCAACAAGAACCUCAAGCACGCCAUCAAAGUCAAAGAGCGAUUCCUCGCCAACGUGAGCCAUGAGCUGCGUACGCCCAUGCACGGCAUAUUAUCGACGGUGGAGGACAUGGUGCACACUACCAAAGUGCGCCGGAGCCACAAGCUGCGCGAGGCGGUGACCCUGAUCGCCGACUGCAGCGACCACCUGUGCACUGUCAUCAACGACAUUCUCGACUUCCAGACGCUCGACACCGAUCAGAUUCGCCUCGAGCGACUGCCCUUUGAUAUCGUCGAACAGAUCGAACAGGUUUGCCAGAUGGUGAUGGCAUCGUCGAAAAGCAUCAAGCAGCUUCACUUCGAGAAAAAGAUCGACAUCGCCAAUUCGCUUCGAAUGGGCGACCCGCGCCGCACCCGGCAGAUCAUCUACAACCUCCUCUCCAACGCCUUCAAGUUCACCGCACACAACGGCAGCGUGCGUCUGGAGGCUCAUGAGGAUAGAAUCGGCAUGAGCGAGGAGUGUAUGAGACAGAUCUUCCUCGGCUUUUCGCAGGGCGACACGUCGCUGAGGCGCGAGUACGGCGGAAGCGGCCUCGGGCUGGCCAUCAGCAAGCGGCUCGCCGAGGCCAUGGGCGGCAAGAUCGAAUGCCAGAGCCGCGUGGGCGAGGGCUCCCUGUUCGUCCUCACCCUGCGACUGCCGCUCGCGUCGCACCUGGCACACUUUGGCGCCGCCGCGGCAGCGGGCGUCGCGUCCACGCUCCCCCGCAGCCGCGACUCGUCACUGGCGCUCUCGAAGCAGUGCGAAGCCGUCGGCGCCCAGACGCGCCAGGAGCUGGGCCAGCCCAACCACCGCAGCGAGUCGAGCCGACAAGAAGUAGAAGCAGAAAAGACGAAGGAAAAGCUCGCCGACGCCGACAACAAAAGAGCGAAGCCGAAAGCGGAGACGAAAGAAAACGGCGGCAAGAAGCAGCAGGCGACGACGGCGACGCCGGAGGACCGGAAGAGCUCGGGGCUGAAGGGCAAGCGGGUGCUGCUGGUGGAGGACAACCAAGUCAACCAGAAGGUGGGCGUGCGCAUGCUCAAUUCGCUCGGCUGCGAGGCGAUCGUAGCGGCCAACGGCCUGGAAGCGGUCAACGCCGUCGAGCGACACUACGAUGCCGGCAUUCGCGAGCACGCCGACGGGCCGGACCGCAAGACCGACGCCGGCGAACCGGCCUCAGAAAAAGAGAACGGCAGCGACGAGAGCAACCACGAGAAGGAAAGGAGAGCCAACCACAUCGACCUCGUACUGAUGGACUGUCAGAUGCCAGUGAUGGAUGGGUUCAAGGCGACGGCGAGGAUACGAAAGCUGGAGCGCCAGAUUGGCGAGCAACAGUCGGGAGACGCGGGAGCUGCGACGCCCCACAUCCCCAUCCUCGCGCUCACCGCAUCCGCCACGACUGAGUACCAGCAGAAGUGCGCGCGCCAGGGCAUGGACGACUUCCUCUCUAAGCCGCUGAAUCGGGCGACGCUGUCCAGAACGCUGGGCAAGUGGCUGCUCGGCGAAGAAGAGCAGGAGAAGCAAGCGUGA